AUUGUCUAAGCGAAUGGUGACAAUUUGUGGCAAGCCUGGUAAUUUACAGAAUAUUACGGCACACAGACAUCAAAAAUAAGGAUGGCACCCUUGAGUAUGCGGUGUAUUUUCAUUGUUGCUCUCUUCGGCGGAUCUUUCGCACGUGCCGGUGAAGAGGCGAAAUCGGUUCUACACGAUUCCAAAGUCACGCACGAUCGAGAUCAUAUCAAGGAGCAUCUAAAAGAGGAAAUUGAGUUCAAAGAAGAAGAAAUGAGUGAUGAAGACCUACAGUUCCACUACUUCCGACUUCAUGAUUACGACGGAAACAGAAAACUGGACGGACUGGAGAUUAUGCAUGCCAUCAGCCAUUAUCAGAACGAGUCGGGAGUAACAGACAAGGAGGAAACUUCGGACGAAGCUAAUUCGAGAACCGUGGACCAGAUUUUGGACGAGGAUGACUUAAAUUCAGACGGAUAUAUUGACUAUCCCGAAUAUAUCGCAUCGCAUAAAACCACGACCAAAAAUUCAGAAGGGCACGCAAACUAACCCGAUACUCAUUCCAGAAAAACUGCUUUUCUAUGUAAUUCUGAUUUCAACUAUUGCCUUAGUUUUUUCAAAUAUAACAUUGAUUAUUAAGACGGGAAAAAAAACUAAUGUUACUUUUGCGCGUAGUAUCCGUUCCGACUCGUUGUUUCAUCACGUCACGCAACGUGCUCACACGUACGGGAAGACAGAGC